UGCAUAGUCCUCCAGUGUCGUCGUCCCCAAUUUCCAAAUCCCUUAAGGGUGCUGGAUUUCAAUUGCUGCUGUUCCCUUUGGUUUGUAAUGAAAAACUUCAGGAUGUUGUAGUUUUUCAUGAACUAAUUAAUUGGCAAAACACAUAGCACUGGGCUAUUGUAAACUUAGACAACCUUUGUACUUAGUAUUAAGGUAGCAGAGAAACUUAUAAAAUAAGUGCCUCUUACAAUUUAUUCAAAAUGUUCCCUUGAAUCUACCACAACAUCUGACUAACCCUGGAUUUUAGUGGCUUCUCUAUAUAUAGGCAUAUUUAUGUGUAGUCCAUGAAUAGGUACUCUUACUGCUUUCAGGUUCAUACUAUGCCUACUAUUUGUUAUAACAGCCUUAAAAGUCUAAAGUAUAUCACCAUGUGACUAGAUUUAUGCCCCAAUCUGAGAAAAGCAGGGCUUAAAUAUUCAGGCCAAUAGCUGGCAAGGAGUUAACUAUAUGUGGCUGUGGCAGGGCGGUCCAGUGAAGAAGGCAAUAGGAAAUCAGCAAUCAGCUUCGAGGCACUUUUAGAGGAAGUGCUGAUACAAGAAGCUGCAUAAGGAAAGGUGUAUAAGAGGAAAUCAAAGAGGGAAUCUCCAUUGAAAUGGCUUUGGUCAAUGGGCAGUUCUGGUACAGAUGGGUACAUGACUGCUUUUUGCUUACUAUUAUUAGUUGGGGACUCCUCUUUCAUGUGGAUGCCUGGACUUACCACUAUGGGGCUCAAUCAGACCUAACCUGGGAAGAUGCACGGACAUUUUGCAAGACCUGGUAUACUGACCUGGUUGCAAUCCAGAACAAAGAAGAAAUUGCCUAUCUCAAUGACUUCUUACCAAAACAUUCAAAGUAUUACUGGAUUGGGAUCCGGAAAAUAAACAACACCUGGACAUGGGUAGGAACCAGAAAGGCCCUGACCAAAGAGGCAGAGAACUGGGCUUAUCAGGAACCUAACAACAGGCGAUCCAACCAAGACUGUGUUGAGAUUUACAUUAAGAGGGACUAUGAAGUUGGAAAAUGGAAUGAUGAGCCUUGUGGGAAGAAGAAACGGGCACUCUGCUAUAAAGCGUCUUGUGAACCUUCCUCCUGCAACGAACGCAGUGAAUGUGUGGAGACCAUUGGGAAUUAUACCUGCCAAUGCUACCCUGGUUUCUAUGGCCCUUUGUGUGAAAAUGCUGUAAAAUGCAACAAGUUUGGCCCUCUCCAUCAGGCCCUGUUCAUGAAUUGCACUCAUCCGCUGGAGCAGUUCAGUUAUAGAUCUCAUUGUAGCUUCAGAUGUGAUAAAGGUUUUAUAAUAACUGGCCCAGUCAACUUGCAAUGUUUGUCAUCUGGGCAAUGGACAGCAGAAGAACCUCAGUGUACAGCUAUCCAGUGCCAGCCAUUAAAUAUCCCUGUAAAUGGAAACUUCAGCUGCAUUCAUAUCCAUGGGGAAUUUCAUUACCAGUCUAGUUGCAACUUUAAAUGCAAAGAAGGCUUUCUGAUCAACGGAGCAGAGACCACUAUGUGUGAAGCAUCUGGAGCAUGGAGUGCUUCAGAGCCAACUUGCCAAGUUAAGCAAUGUCAGCCAAUUCAGCCACCUGCAAGAGGAAUUAUGGAUUGUGUAAACCCAAUUGGUGAUUAUAGUUACAACUCCACUUGCAGCUUUGCUUGUGAAGUGGGCUUUGAACUUAGUGAUUCCCAGCCUUUGAUUUGCAGUGCAUCUGGUCAGUGGACUUCUCCCAUACCAACAUGUCAGGCUAUUCAGUGCCAGUCCCUAGAGGCACCUGCUCAUGGAAAUACCACCUGCGUUCAUCUCCAUGGGGAAUUUCAGUACCAAUCCAGCUGCACUUUUCUUUGCACCAAGGGUUUUCGGUUACAUGGAAAAGAGGUCACUGAGUGCACAGCUUCUGGAAAAUGGACAGCUCCAGCCCCAGUUUGCCAAGCUGUUCAGUGCAAGCCAUUAAAUAUCCCCGUAAAUGGAAACUUCAGCUGCAUUCAUAUCUAUGGAGAAUUUCAUUACCAGUCCAGUUGCAACUUUAAAUGCAAAGAAGGCUUUCUGAUCAAUGGAGCAGAGGCCACUAUGUGUGAAGCAUCUGGAGCAUGGAGUGCUUCAGAGCCAACUUGCCAAGUUACGCAAUGCCACCAUUUGCAGAAUCCUAAAAAUGGGGAGAUGGCCUGCUCUCACCCAUUUGCAGAAUUUGCUUACCAAUCCACCUGUCAGUUUGCAUGUGAACCUGGCUUUCUCUUGACUGGAACAAAUUCAACCUUCUGCUUGGCAACCAGGCAUUGGAGUUCUCCAUUACCAGCAUGCCAUGUUAUUGAAUGCCCAAACCUGGAUACUCCUCAACAUGGAGAAUUAAAGUGUUCCCAUCCACAUGGAAGUUUUGCUUAUAAUUCCAGUUGUGCCUUCUCCUGUGAUAUGGGCUUUGUACGCAUUGGAACAAGUCAACUUCAGUGCACACAUUUGGGAAAGUGGACUGCAGCUACACCCAGUUGUGAAGCUGCCAAGUGCCCAUUUCUACACAAGCCAGCAAAUGGCCAUUUACAGUGUCUUCACGCUCAUAGCCAUUUUGCAUAUGGCUCCAGUUGCAACUUUUCCUGCAAUGCUGGUUUUCAACUAGUUGGGCAGGCAACACUUGAUUGCACCGCAUUAGGAAACUGGACUCAAGAAAUGCCUUCCUGUAAAGCUGUUCAAUGCCCACCCCUGAAAAACCCAGAGAAUGGCAAAGAAAAUUGCUUUAAUCCUUAUGGACAUUUUGCAUAUUACUCCAGCUGCACCUUCUCCUGCAACUCUGGGUUUGAAUUAGCUGGAUCAGAGAAGCUGAAUUGCACAGAUCAGGGAAACUGGACUGGAGAGACACCCAUCUGUGAAGCUCUCAAGUGCCCUGAAUUGCAGGCUCCAAAGAAUGGACAGCUCAAAUGCUCUCAAUCUUAUGGAAAUUUCACAUAUGACUCCAGUUGUGUCUUCUCCUGUGAUAUGGGUUUUAAAAGAAUUGGAUUCAAAAGGGUGAACUGCACAGCUACAGGAGACUGGACAGGAUUUGCACCAUUUUGUGAAGCCAUAAAGUGUUCCCCCCUUCAAGAGACAGAGAACAUGAAAAAGAACUGCUCCCAUCCCUGGGGCCACUUCAGCUACAGCUCCACAUGUCACUUCUACUGCACUGAGGGCUUCAUUCUCAAUGGAACGAGUAGGAUGCAAUGCCAACCUGAUGGCCGGUGGUCUGCUGAGAUGCCUGUUUGUCAAGAAAACGCUGCCAUUUACCUAAAGCAAGUUUUGCUCUAUACCGGUGGAGUCACAGCAUCCCUUGUUGUUUUAAUGAUCUCUGGGGGUCUGAUAGUUCUAGCAAUUAAGCGUCUUGGCAAAAGAGAAGAGAAAAAGAAACUGCUAAGUCAUACCAGUGAGUUGGGGGUACCUGGUACAUAUUCCAAUUCAGCAUUUGACUCAGUCUUCUAAGAACUCAUCUGGAACACGCUAUGAAGAAAAAUGCUGAUGCAAUGGAAUAUUCGUACACCUCAUUCAGUUCUGUUAAUAUUAUUGAUUAGGAUUUGGGCUCACUGAAGUCAGAGAAAAUAAAUUAAUAUUUGAAACAUGUAGCUUUAAAAGAUACGUUGCAUGGAGCUUCCAUUCACCAUGCAGCUAUAGCACUUAAAGGAUCUCAAAACUUACCAGAAUUCAUUGUUAUUUAUCUUCUGGCAAGAUGUUCUGAAAUGAUCCAUGUUCUUCCCGUGUUAUUGGACUUUCAACUACUUAUAACAUUGCUAACCAUUAUUGCUAAGAAGAUGCUGUAGAUAUGCCAAGAAGUCUUUUUGGGAAAUUGUGGCUGAUUUUCCAAAAUAUACUAAUUUCAACACUUAAAAAAAAGAAAUGUAGAUUUAAAAAUUGUUUCUAUUUUCUUGUAUCAAGAUACAGAUGUAAAGACAUAAUAAAGCUUGCUUCUUUCAAAGCUUGGUUUUCAUAAUAAUAAUAAUAAAAAAGAAAAAUACACAGAAGACACCUGCGCUCCAUAUUUUUGAAGGAGAAUAUCCAUCUUGUGCUGGAUGUGGAGGUAGUGACAGAUUUUAUUUUCCUGGGCUCCAAGAUCCCCACAGAGGGGGACUACAGCCAAGAAAUUAAAAGACGCUUGCUCCUGGGGAGGAAAGCUAUGGCAAAGUUAGAUAGCAAACUAAAAAGUAGAGACAUCACCCUGCCAACAAAAGUGCGUAUAGUCAAGGCUAUGGUUUUCCCAGUUGCAAUGUAUGGCUAUGAAAGUUAGACCAUAAGGAAGACUGAGCACCAAAGAAUUGAGGCCUUUGAACUAUGAUGCUGGAGAAGAAUCCUGCAAGGCGUCUUGGACUGCAAGGCAAUCAAACCGGUCAGUCCUAGAGGAGAUCAAUCCUGACUGCUCUUUAGAAGGCCAGAUCCUGAAGAUGAAACUCAAAUACUUUGGCCACCUAAUGAGAAGGAAGGACUGACUGGAGAAAAGCCUAAUGCUGGGAAAGAUUGAGGGCAAAAGAAGAACUGGACAAGUGAGAACAAGGUGGCUGGAUGGAGUCACUGAAGCAGUAGGCGUGAGUUUAAAUGGACUCCAGAGGAUGGUAGAAGACAGGGAGGCCUGGAGGAACAUUGUCCAUGGGGUCGCAAUGGGUCGGACACGACUUCGCAACUAACAACAACAAAAACAAUCCAGCUUUUGCAGUGGCCCCUGAGACUUUACUAGAAAUUGUUCACAUACUGGAAUUUAUCUUUUUAAAUAACGGCUAGAAUCUUGUUUUCAAAAGCAAAUGAAAGAGAACAACUCUAGGAAAUUGUAAGCUGCAAUCAAUGACACAUUCUGCACAUGUAGCAAAUACAUGAAAACUCAAAAGUGCUGAUCAUAUACUGUUCAUUUUCAGGAGUCAAACAUGUUUUAUAUUUUAAAUGAACAAUCCCUUUAUAAUAAUUAAUAUGGCUAGUUAUCAAAAUGGUCUAAAAAUCAAUACUACCUCAAAAAUAGAGUUUGGUCAACUAUCUUGUUAGGUAUUGUUAGUUGACUUAUUGCUCCAACACAGUCAAAUAUUUCAGACUCAAACAAGUCUCACUACACUGCAUUGCUUCUUUCAUUGUCCAUUAGUAUUUACAACUAGAAAAGACAACUUUCCUAGCAUGCUAAAGUAGUAAUAUAACAGAUUGAAAUCCUCACAAAAUUAAUUUGAUAUUGUCAAAUCUCAGCCUGAUCUAUCUCAUAGUGAUGGAAGAUAUAUUAUGAUUACAAUGGGAGGAUGUAAAUGUAAUAAAAUUCAUUAUUUACAAAUUAA